GGAUAAAGAAUCACUAUGGAUAUGACAGCGAAUAAUAAUACCGUGAUAGACCGAGAUCACAGCAUACGAAAAUAUACAGGAAUAAAAAGGACAACAUAUUUUUUUGCUGUCCUUGUCUGAGUUUCGUUGGGCACAACCGAAGUUGUGACCAACAAAAGUUUGUGCCUUGCGAUUUUUCUUGAUUAUUGAGUUAUUUUGAGCCAAAAACAUUAUAGAAAGUGUGUCGAUAUAUGUGAUUUAUAUAAUAUUUAUCGAGAAACAUGGUGAUAUGUUAUAUCUUGGGCUGUAAAAGCCGUAGUGAGCGAAAAUGUGAAAACAUAACCUUUCAUACAUUUCCAAAAGAUUCUACGAUCCGGCAAAUAUGGAUACGUGCAACAAGACGAGAUAACUGGAUUCCAAGUAAAUAUGCAAGAAUAUGCUCCAAACACUUUGAACGAAAUUGUUUUAGGAAAACUUCUCGCAACGUUUAUUUGAAAGCGUACUCGGUUCCGACGCUACAUAUUACUGCUAAGAAGAGUCAUGAUGUUAUAGAAAUUCCAACCACAUCGUCUGCUGCGAUGGAAAUUGACAGAAAUCUUGUCGAUACCGUGACACCGAGAAAAAAGAAACUUAUAAGGAAAUUAGAGUGCCAAACAGUGUUAGCCGAAUCGCGAAAAAAGAAGCUGGCUAUACUGAGAUCAAAAAAUAGUCGCCUCUUGAAACAAAACGCCGAGCGCCGAAACGGUUGA